UGCCCGUGGCGUCCUGUGGAGCAUCAGUCGUAGAGCGCGAUUCGAAUCGGUUGGAUGCCAGUGCUAGCAGCGGUGCUCGAAAAAUCGACGGUAGCGAUCUGUGAACGACGCGAUAGUUAACUCCACUGCUACCGAUAGAUUCACCCGUCCGCGGUUGGCUACGGAACGAUAUGUGCAAGUGCAUCUAAACGGAAGCUAGAGUGUAAAUAACAACUCGUAGUCCGGCCGUUUCGCGGGCAGGAGCGAGUGAAGAGCGCUGCAUAUGAAGCGUGCACAUGAUAUUUAUGAGAUCAGGAUAAAGAGCGCGCAGUGAUACUUUAGCCCAGUUGAAGGAAAAAAACCAGCGACAGUAAACGUAUUUGAGCCUUGCCGGGAGCGGGAAAGUGGGAAGAUACGAAAAUAAAUAGGAAAUGCAUGUCAGUGGUAGCAACAUUUAUGCUCCAUAACGCGAGGAUAAUGAUUUAAGUGUUUAUGGUGAGAGAGUAAGAGGGAUCAUUACACGACACUUGGAUAAAUUUAGAUGUGGAGUGAUGCUCGGAAGUGGUGGAUGGUGAGAACAGGUCGACAGAGAAGUACUCGACGUGACAAAUGCGCUGAUGUGCAACCGAAUGCUACUGUUACAAAUUAGUCAUUGGGGAAUUAGGUGGAUAAUGCCUGUCGUAUGCAGUGGUGGCGAGUGCUGUCGAAUUCCAUUUACUCUAUGAGAUCAACGUCUCAUAUUAGUUGCUAAACUUUAUGAACACUCCGCUGAAGUGAACAUCUGUUUCCGCAAUCAACGCUAGAGGACGGCCUCGGAACCAUCCGGUUAAACAGAGUAUCAUUCAGUGACAUCACAGGAGAACAAACUGACAAGCGAAAAACAAACAUUUUCUUUUCACUGCGAACCUUCCGGCCCCAACAUGCUUGCUGCUGCAUGUUUGUUGUGUAAUGUUUGAUUAAACAGUCGGGGAUAGGCGUAUAUCUCUACGAAUGUCACGCAUAAAUGCGUGUUGUCGAGUUCAGCUGAAAGUGUUACCUGUGUAAAGUGUUUACAUCCCCCCAGAUUGCUGGAUUUUUUUAUACGUUGUUUGGAAAAAGUGGGAGAUUGUGCGUGAUAACUCAGCACCCCAUCGCAUCACUCGGGUGUGUCACUGGCCGGCAAAGGAUUACCCAGCUCAUGUUUUUGUUGGUCGAUGAUAUGAAUUGCUCAAUCAUUGCUGUCGCGUUGUGAAAACCACAGCAGCGGAAGAAAACCGUCCGCAGGCGGCGUAUUUCUGUUUGUGCUUCGUCGGCUUCAACAGUGCGUAUGCCGACUCCGUACAUUCUUACAUUAGAGAAACCAUAAAGCUCGACUAUCGGCGCAACACAACAAGAAGCCGUAGGAAGCUGCACCAGUCACACUCCUGCAUCCAUUCAUCGAAACCAGCGAGCUACAGGUGAAUUGCAAUAUUAAUCUAUAGAACAGCAUUGCAACGACACAUGCCGCGCAAAGAGUAUCAAAAAAUAAAGGCUUUUUGAAAAAAAAACUCUCACGCUUCACCUAUCGACGGGAAUAAAAAACCCUUUCUCCGGGAUGUUCAUGCAAAAACGAAACUACAUGACAAUUACGAAGCGUAUAUGUCCUGCAAGCGAGGGCAGUUAUGUGAACAAGCACUUCGAAUGAAGAACACUUCCAGCGAAACGGUCGUUGGUUUGGGAGAAACGCGAGGUAUUCGGCGCGAAGCGCAACAAAGCACAACUUUUACCUUGUACCUGUGUCAGUUAAUUAUAAAUGCACAAACCAAAGUAGCGAUGCAGCUUACCUGCACACGCGACAACAGUAAGGUGCGAUUUUGCCUAGAGCUUAUCUUUGCACGCGUUGGAAAAUUGCUAGCGGAACCAGCGUGGAACAAAACGUUUUGUUAUAAGUUACGAGCGGUGGGACUCACUCAUCUUGUAUCGAACAUGAAAAGGACGAGGCUUGCGGAAGAGAUAUAAAAAGAGAGCAAAAGCAGCAACAAAAAACCUAGCGAACGGAAAAUAAAUGACUAGCUGGAAGCUUGCAUAAUAACAUGGCCUGGAGGAACGCUAUGAGCAACGGUUUGUGUUGCUGUAGUUGCUGUUGUUGCUGUAAUCAAAGGCAACUGUUGGCUGUGAUACUAAUUUUCACUAUCGCAAUGGGAGCGCCACAUUCAGAUCCGACCUCGCUGCAGACCAACUUUCUGGCGCCCAUUUCACCACAGGGAUACUUUGCCACCAGAAAUAAUACAAAAGUCACAGCCCAAAGAGGCGGCACCGCGCUGCUGCCGUGCACCGUGCAAACUCAAAGUCCCGCUCUGGUAUCUUGGGUACGGCGGAGAGACUUCCAGCUGCUAACGGUAGGCCUCUCCACCUACAGCAGUGACGAGCGUUUCCUGGUGCAGCACAUCCGGCACAUGGGCCACUGGGCGCUGCGCAUCAAGGCCGUUCGGGACGAAGACCAAGGACUGUACGAGUGCCAACUGUCGGUGCAUCCGGUGCAAUCGGUGUUUAUCGAACUGAAAGUAGUCGAAGCCGUUGCAGACAUUAUGGGUGCUCCGGACUUACACAUCGAUGAGGGUUCGACCCUGCGAUUGGAGUGUAAACUGAACCAAGCCACGGAAUACCCGGCCUAUGUAUUCUGGUACCACCAGCAAAGCAUGGUAAACUUUGACCAGCAAAAUGGGUUUUCAGUAACGCCAUUUCAACCUCCGGCCAGUACUGGAACGUCGUCGGCAACCGACACAACCGAGCAACAUCAUGCGCCAUUCCACGAGCCUGAUAUCGAAAACCAUCUACAUCAUCAUGGCCAUCACCAACACCAACUGCAUCAUCAUCAUCUACACCUAGCUCAUCGCUACCAGCAAGGUAGCCACACGCUGGACCAGGAUGAUGGCCGCUUCGGAAUAAAUGCACUCGAAAUGAUGGUACCUCCCGGACAGCUGGACCAUUCAUCGGCUGCCGCGGCAGAAGCGCACCUGACCACAGACACUGCGAAUCCCAUCAGCAGCUUAGACCACCAUCCAGUGCAACAAGAGCUAUGGGCGUUGAAUCACAGCGGGUUUCUUCCGUACUCGCACAUACUUUCUCCAGUCACCAGCAUACUGACAAUCAAGGAGGUGCACUCGAAGCACGCUGGCAACUAUACAUGUGCACCUUCCAACACUCGGUCCGCUAGUAUCACCGUUCACGUGUUACAAGGUGAAAAGCCAGCUGCGAUGCAGCAUGCCAACCAGAGCCAGCUGGACUCGGACGUCAGUAAGGCCAAAGGGGGCACCUCCAGCAGAGCCAUCCAUCCGGACAUUUUCAUAGUGGCGGUAUCGUUGAUGCUACUGUGGACGAUGGCACCGGAAUCUAUUCUCGCAUCCCGCGCGCUAAAUAGGUGAAAUCGGUUGUCCCUUACAACGGCCAACAAACUAGCUGAAUGCUACUGUUAGGAAGCCAGCAUGCCAGCGCAUGUCUCACAGGCUAAAUUAGUUUAAACGAGAGCGAAAAUACUAUAUCUGUGUAGCGGGCAAUAAAGCAUUCGCUGAGGGAGUCCUUAUUGUUAAAACUUUCAUCACCCAAAGCUUAGAUAAAAAAAACCGUUUCUCAUGAAACGAACAGAUGGAAACGCAAUAUCAAUUAUCUUAGGUUGACCGUUUAUGCUCUAUAAUUAACAGAGGGUCACCCUAUUGUGGUACCGCUGGUUUAUGUCCUGGCCGGAUGUCCUAAGUGUAGUGCAAGGGAUGCAAGGAACAGAAGAAUAAAUUUCGCGAGAGAAUAUCCAGGAAAAAAUCGCAAUAAUGCAAAGUAUGAGUUAAACUAAAAUGAAAUGUAAAUUUAAUUUCAGGUUUCUAUUCGUGAAACAUAGCAAACUUCUCUGUUUGGUAAAAUUUCGUUACGAAACCAUAAUUCAAUUUUAAAGCUCGGAACUCAAAUAAAAACUGAUCGUAAUUGUAAAUGAUGAAAAAAAUGUACAGCCAUGCUCUCUGUGUUAAUGAAUUAUAGAGAACUUGAUGAGAAUGUUUAGAUAGUGAAACCGUUUUAACAGCAGCUGCAGAAGUCAAUAAAAUGUGGAAUCGAGAAAUAAAAAAAACGAAUGCCGCAAAAGUAUUAUUCAUAUACAGUGAAUAAAUAAGUUGUUAGAUAAUCCGAA